CAGACUGCUGGGUGCACUGUCGUCUAGUUUGAUGUCAUCAAAACUGAAGGUGAUGUGCACCAUAGAGCGGCCGGGGGAGCCUGACCUGCGCACCCUGCUCAGAAUGUCACGCACCGAAAUCGCCAUGGCGAUUGACGACCCAUUUCCACUACUCUACGGCCUCACUGAUCAUGACAUCAUCACAGACCAGCUCUUUAAGGAGACUUUGGAUUAUAAGAAGCGGGAGGGGAUCCACAAAGCCAUCUACUCGGUGCUCACAUGGCUACUGGGAAAGGAAUUCCCCACCAUCCAGGACUUCUGGAGGACCUUGUUUAAGGAGUACAACCUGGAGCGAUACCCCAAACUGCAGAGCAUCCAAGCCAGCUUCCCCAAAGAUUUGAGCAUGAGCAGCCUGAAGCGAAGCCGGAAGACCCAGAGGAGCCCCAACCCCCCCCAGCUACCUCGAGCCCCCCCAGCAAAGAGGAGACCCCCGGAAGAGGUGGAGCCAGCCCUGCCCAGCAGCCAAUCCAAGAAUACCACCAAUCCAGGAACCCUGGUGAAGGCAAAAUCUAUACGGAAAGCUGAUGGCCCGGAGGUGUCUCGAAUGCCAGUAGGAAAUGGGAUCCAGGCUGUUGCCACCUCCACCUCCGUGCAGAGAGCUGUCACCCUGUCAUCCAGCGAGCUGCCAGGGACCCGUGGGGCCGUUGAGGGCAUCCUCAUUAAGCAGGUCUUUGAGUCAGGGAGCUCCAAGAAGUGCAUUCAAGUUGGCAGCGAGUUUUACUCCCCAAGCAAGUUUGAGGACCUGACUGGGAGGAAACAGACCAAGACUGCAAAGUCACAUAUUCGCCAAAAGGGGGUGCCAUCUGCCAGGACAACUGAGGUCCUGAAGAACGAUGAUGAAUGUGCUGUUUGUAAGGACGGGGGGGAGCUCAUCUGCUGUGACGGCUGUCCCAAAGCUUUCCACCUGUACUGUCUGGUGCCUCCGCUUACAGUCAUCCCCAGUGGGACGUGGCGCUGCCAGUCCUGCAGUGUGAAGAGAGUGGAGAGCCCACAGGCCACAGACAGGACCUUUACUCCAGGCCCGAACCCACUAUCUGUUCCGAAGGGUGCUGGAGUGACAGAGAGUGCCAGCUCUACUGUGGAUAUCUCCUUCUUCUCCUCUCUCACCUCCACCUCCCUGUCCAGUGUCACGGCAACCAAGACCAGCCAGACCACAGGGGCAGCUGCCCAGCAGUGGAGCACCCCUGAGUUUGGGGGUCCUGGGGAGAGGUGUGGGGUGUGCAGACAGGGAGGAGAGCUCAGCCGCUGCUCUCAGUGCCUCCAGCACUUCCACAUCCGCUGCUACUUCCCUUCCACCAGCACUGCAGACGGAGCCAGCAUCGAGAAGCUGAGGUGCAAGUCCUGCAGUCGGAACUGGUGGAACGGCUCAGAGACAGACAGCAGACAGCUGUCCACCACUACUGGGGGGGCCCAGGUGGCAUUUGCUGGGAACACAGCUGAGCAGAGUACCUCUCUCUCUGAGCAAAUCUUGAAUAAGGAUGAAUUUGACACCCUGCUGGGAGAGAGCUCCAUUGACGGAAUCCUGCAGUGGGCCUUUCAGAACAUCUCCCGCCCCCUCUCUGAGAGCCAAGGUUAUUUCCAGUAACUGCCCUGAACAAGACACUGGACAGCGGGCUGCACUUCGUUGCAGGGGUGUUAGAUUUUGUUAAAUUUCCUAAACAUUUGAGCUUUAGCCUAGGAUUAUUUUAACACCAAUUAUGUUCCCUCACUGCAGCAAUUCCCCACACAGCCCAGGAGAACUGAAGGUUCAGUAGACGUCCUGUGAUCCCAUGACCAAGCCAGUUUCAUCUUUUACACUGAGGAACUUUCCUGAGCUCAUUAGACGCCUGGCCAGUAGGGUCCGCUAUAGCAUGAUGGGUAGGAACAGUCCCUGUCGCUUUUGCCUCCCAAUUCCAUGCUCCUUUAAAGUCAAUGCAAUGCUCCUUCUGAAAUCCUCAGCAAAGAUCGGCGACUUUGCACAGCCAGGAUGCAAACCUGCGCUCCCCUAUCUGCAUGACUCACCCUGCACACCACAGCUAGGCUUUUACCAAGUGAGCCGCUCUGAGACCCCCGAAUUAAACACUGGUAAACAUUUACAUAUUGGCAAUUUUUUGUAGCCAAUCAAAAAAAGCCAUCAUGAGAAACCCUCCAAUGCUGUUACUUUUUUAUGAUGCAUGGCAACAUUGAUGUGACUGAGACUACAUGUGCACAUAAAUAAUUAUUGAAUUCAUAACCUUAAUACAUUUGGAAUACAUAAGUUGCA